AUGGCCCCCAAGAAGAACAAGAGAACCGCCGACUCCAUCAACUCGCGCCUGGCGCUUGUGAUGAAGUCCGGUAAGGUCACCCUCGGCUACAAGUCUACCCUCAAGAGCCUGCGCACUGGAAAGGCCAAGCUCGUCAUCAUUGCCGGAAACACCCCUCCUCUGAGGAAGUCUGAGCUCGAGUACUACGCCAUGUUGUCCAAGACCUCCGUCCACCACUUCUCCGGCAACAACAUUGAGUUGGGCACUGCUUGCGGUAAGCUCUUCCGCUGCUCCGUCAUGUCCAUCCUCGAUGCCGGUGACUCCGACAUCCUGUCCCAGAACACCGAGAACUAG